GGUAGUUUAGUGUCAGCUCUCGAGGCCCCUCCUCCAGCGGCAGAGCAGCUGAGCAGCUGAGCUCGUUCUCUCUGGAUCCUUCAGAUAGUUUCAGCCGCUCCAACAACCUGCUCUGCAGUUCAGUCCAGACGCACUGCCAGCGUCUCUCUUCUUCUCUUUCCACCAUGACUACCGCUCCCUCAGAAACCGUCUUUUUGUCCGCUUUACAGCCAAACACCACAGUCACCACCUACGGGUUUGACUCCCAGGUCGGGCAUGGGGGCUCGGCUAUGGACGAGCUGUCCAGAGCACAGCGCGUGCAGAAUCAGGUCAAGAUGAGACUCGCGGAGAAGUCCACACUUCCGCGUCAGAAUGGGUCAGCCUCGAACUACGCCAUGUCAGACUACGGUGGCUCUUCAACGAUGAAAUACCAGACCUAUAACCCAGGAUUCACCUCUAAAUCCUCCUACAUGCACUCAGGCGCUAAAACAAUGCUUCCACGUAUAUCCAAGCAAAACUUCAGUGCCCGGUCUGCAGGCCCUGACCUGGCCCAACUCCACAAGAUCAGUGUCGGGGGUGGAGGAGGUGGGUAUAGUGUUAGAGGAGGUGGGUAUAGUGUUGGAGGAGGUGGAUAUAGUGUUGGAGGAGGUGGAUAUAGUGUUGGAGGAGGUGGGUAUAAUACUGGAGGUGGUAGUCAUUACUACCGAGAAGACAUACGUAUGGGUACCAAACCACAGAUGCGUAUGGAGCCAGAGACCCUCUCCAUGCAUGCAGUGCGGGCACACACAGAGCAGGUUAAUCCCUGGAUGAUGGAUGGCAGCGAUGCCGGCAGCUUGCUGUCCGACAGGGAUGCCACCUACACCCGCCAGUACACCCAGAGCGCCAUCAACGGCUACAGCGGCCAGAUGAGGCAAGGAGGCACCAUGACCUCACAGGCUCCCAUGCGUCGAUCUCUGAGCGGCACUCUUUCGGGUGGUGGAGGAAUGGCAGGAGGACAGACAGAGAUAGUUCAUCAUGCCCCGUACAGAGGUCCGGCUUAUCGCACCAUCAGCAGGAUUGCAGGCAAAAACAGGAUGAGCAUGGGAAGUAUGCAGCAGACCUCAAGCGGGAGCAAUUUUGGCAUGGGGAUGGACGGGGUGGACAGAGGCUUCAUUACACCUGGAGUGUCAUCUGCCUCUCAGGGCAACCUGAUGAUGCAGCGCCAGGGCACCUUGUCCCGCGCCAUGUCCAUCAAAAGCAUGCAAAGUGUGGGCCGCGGCGCAGACAUCUACGGGAUGGAUAUGGAAGCCAGCAUGGGCAACCUCAGUGGGAUUAACGCUUUGGACAUGCAAACCGCUGUGCAGAACCUGAGCGAGCCCGACCCUGAGAUGCAGGUCCUUGGUGCUGCCUACAUUCAACACGAGUGUUACAAUGACAGCGAGGCUAAAAAUGAGGUGCGUCGCAUGAAGGGAAUCGGUGAGCUGGUGAAGCUGUUCAACUCUGACAACCAGGAAGUGCAGCGAUUCGCCACCGGUGCCACACGCAACCUCAUCUAUGAAAACAUGGACAACAAGGUGGCCCUGAUCGAGGAGGGCGGCAUCCCACAGCUGGUGGAGGCCCUGAAAGAGAACGACGAUGAGCUCCGCAAGAACAUCACAGGUAUCCUCUGGAACCUGUCAUCUAAAGAUAACCUGAAGGAGAAACUGGCCCGUGAGACACUUUCUGAUCUCACUGAGAAGAUCCUCAUUCCUCAGUCGGGUGGUGGAAACGUUGACUACAUCCAGCAGACCCCGUCUGAGUCUGAAAUAUUCUACAACACCACAGGAUGCCUCAGGAAUUUGAGCUCUGUGAGUGAGAAGACCCGCCAGCUGAUGAGAGAAACACACGGACUGGUGGAGUCUUUGGUGAGCUACAUCAAGCUCUCCAUGGAUGACAACAAGACAGAGGACAAGGGUGUGGAAAAUUCAGCAUGUGUCUUGAGGAACCUCUCCUAUCAGCUCUACAGUGAGAUGCCUCCAUCUGCCAUGAUGCGCCUGGAAGGACCAACCAGAGAUCAGGAUACAGGAAGGGGUGAAGCCAUUGGAUGCUUCACACCUCAAAGCAGGAAAGCCAAAAAUAAAAAGAACCAGAGUCUGUCCACUUUCACCGAAGUUGCUCGGAUACCAAAGGGUGUCGAGUGGCUGUGGCACCCGCAGAUUGUUGGGCUGUACGUCCGUUUGCUGCGCGAUUGUGAGAUCAACUCCACCACCCGCGAGGCAGCUGCCGGAGCGCUGCAGAACAUCACUGCUGGAGACAAGCGGUGGGCAUCAGUGCUGAGCCGGGUGGCUCUGGAGCAGGAGCGUGUGCAGCCUGUGGUGAUGGACCGCCUGCGAACUGAGCGUGAUCUGGAGCUGAGAUCUCUCACAGGCUUACUCCGAAACCUUUCCCGCCAUACCACAAACAAGGAGUCCAUGGCCACAUCAGUGGUCCAACACUUGGUGACCAAGCUGCCUGCAGACGGACACCAGAAGGUGCCCUCCAGCGAGGUGGUGGUCAACAUCUGUGGAGUCCUCAACAACCUGGUGACCGGCAGCUCUCUAGCUGCCAGAGACAUCGCCUUCUUCGACGGUCUGUCAAAACUGGUCGCCAUUAAGAACUCAAAUGACAGCAGCACUGGGAAGAUGAAAGCAGCCAAAGCAGCAGCCACAGUUCUCAGCAACAUGUUCCAGUACAAGAAACUACACAGCACGUACAAACAGAAAGGAUUUACGAGACCGGAUUUUGCAGAUAUGACGAUCUAAAUCGGCACCCAUGUGUGGAAUAAAUUCUUCAGACGUCUGGGAUUAAAUUAACUCUUAAUAGUCUUCAAAGAUAACAUUGGUUCACAUUUAUCUGCCAUACUUUGUGAUGAGAACAUGCACAAGUGGUGGAGCGAUGGAGCAAUGGAGCAAUGGAAAAGGACUUUAUGUAUGUCAGUGCAGUGCGAGAAAUGUGGCUCCAGAGUGGCUGACGAUUGACGGACUCUAAUGUGUGCACCUUAAGCAUGUACUCUUUGUUUGUACACUGUUUGUUUUCGUGUGGAAUCAGGGAUUUCUUAACUGUCAGAGCAACUUUUAUUCAGAUUAAACCCAAGCGUUUUUUGUGUUUCUGCUGAUUUAAAACUGUCGAUGAACACUUGUGCCUUAUCUUCUUACUGCUGCGCCUCAUCACAGCAUGAAUGCAAACAUUGCAGUGCUAACAAUGCAUCUUUGUAAAUAUUGCUUUCUCUUUUACAUAGAAAUGUUUUUUUACUGCAGCCAUGUACUUUGUCUUUGAUAGGAUAUAUAUUUGAUAAAUGUAUGUUUAUGAAUGAGUUGAAAUUAUAACAUAGAUAUAAUUGAAUGUAAAAAAAAGAGAGAUUGAUAGAAAGAUAGAAAUACCACCCUCCAUGUCAGUAUGAUCGCUCUAUCAGUGUGGGGAUAAUGACUAUGCUUCCAAAGCAGACUUCUUAUUUGCACUUCAAACUGACUAAAUCUCAGAUCUGUUGUAGAAAAAAUGCUUACGUGACAAUUGUAGUGCCUUUGUGUAACAUGGUUCUUGUCAUACUUUUGUUUCACACUUACCACAAAUGUGUGUGUGUAUUUUAUAAAAUGGUGUGAGUGUUAAACACAGGGAUUAUAGGAUACAGUCCUAAUAUUUGUUCAGUACUCCAGGUCUUUUCAUGUGUUCAUAAAUGACCAAUCACUACAUGUAUCACCCUCCAGAUUGACGCCUUGUUUGAAUUAAUUUUAAACUGGCAAGUAUGAUAGUGUAAUAAUUUUCUGAAACUUGUUAAACUUUAGUUCAAGAAUUCUUUGACUUGUGUAAAUUUUUGCUCUGUGGAAUAAAUGGUGAGUUUUGUGGGUGUUUGAAAGACUGUUAAUAGACGUGAUGUAAAACAGGCAGAUGCGUCAUCAGAUGGAUGUUUUUCACCGAAUAAAGUGACAGAUAUUGAAGUGA